AUGGGAACGAGUCAGUCAACGAAAUAUGAGUAUACCGAUGUCAAGUCAAGUGUUUCAAAGGUUAAUGACUUUCAAAGCGAUGUUGACAGUGGUACAGCGCCAUGUAACUUUGCGUCUGAGCUGGAAUACAUGACGACAUUUGAGGGCGUCCUACAAGACUUUGUAACUCAGUUUCUGCAGAUGAAAGACGAGAAUGCCAGAUAUCGGACCAAAUGCGAGUCCAACAUACUACGGUGUUUUCGUAAAAAGAAGAGAUCGAAUGAUUAUGAUUGCCCAGACAAAAUUCAUGACUUGCAGAAAAUGUUUAAAGCAAUGCAAGAACAAGUAUUUGUACUGGUGGAAAGAAAUGGGUCACUGCAUCGGCAUGUACUCUCCUCGACGAAGGAUGAAAGUGAAGUUCAACCGAAUGAAUUACAAAAGACAUGUCUGAAAGAAAAAGAAAGAACCGAGAAAAAACAAUUGUGUAACGAAUUAAUAGACUUAAAGUUAAACUUGGAGAUACGAGACACUUUAAGAAGCGAGGCUGAAAAAAAUAACUGUGAAUUAUUAUCGUCAAUUGACUUACUGAAGCAAGAAUUGGAAAAAACAAAAGAUGAAUUGGACAAGUCAAGGGACAGGGAACUUAAAUUAAGUGAUGACGUCAUAGAACUUAAAGAAAACAUCAAAGAGUUAACAGAGAUUGCGACUGACACGUUGCAAAAACAUAACUGCAACGAGGAGGAAUACGAAUGGAAAAUAUCACAAUUGGAAGACCAGCUCAGCAAUUUUAAAACGUGCAAAAAAGAAAUCACCGCGUUGAGAAACGAAAACAGGAAAUUCAAGGAACUGUAUGGUAAAUACAAGUCUCGAAGAAAGAACACCAUGCAACAUUACUCGGGUUUGAUCGGAGAACUUCGGAAAUCUUCACCGAAUAAUUCGAUGCUUGAAGAAACACAUUCGAUGUUAACCGAGAGUUUAAGAAAAUAUGACAGAAAAUCUUUUAAAUAA